UUCCCUCCUCCUUCCUUUAACCUCCAAAAGGGGAAUUCGUGGAGCUGUGCUGUAAAUCCGCGCUGUCCCCCAGGGCUGCAGAGGGGGGUAUGUAAGCUACAGACAGAAACCACCCAGGUGUCUAUAGGGGCCGCAGGGAUUUUCAGACCUCCCUCCCCCGGUGUUGGGGACAUCAUGCCAGCAGCCUCUCUGUCAUUUUCUCACUGUCAAGAUUGCUAAGAAACCCUGAGAUUAUCUCUACUCUUGUUUUGUGGGGGCAGUAAACCAAAGACGUCCACAAAUGAAUAACCGUAAAGAGGAUAUGGAGAUCCCGUCCCACUACAGGCAGCUUCUGAACGAGCUGAAUGAGCAGCGGCAACAUGGAAUCCUCUGCGACGCCUGCAUCGUAGUAGAGGGGAAAAUCUUCAAGGCGCACAAGAAUGUCCUCCUGGGAAGCAGCCGGUACUUCAAGACCCUCUACUGUCAGGUACAGAAGUCGUCCGAACAGACUACAGUCACCCAACUGGAUAUUGUCACAGCCCAAGGAUUCAAGGCCAUCAUAGACUUCAUGUAUUCAGCUCACUUGGCGCUGACCAGUAAGAAUGUCAUUGAGGUGAUGUCUGCGGCCAGUUACCUCCAGAUGACGGACAUUGUCCAGGCUUGCCACAGCUUUAUCAAGGCUGCCUUGGACAUCAGCAUCAAAUCCGAGACUUCUGAUGAACUUGUAGACUAUGACAUGGGCGCCCCUUCCAGUAGCGCUGAGGCUCUGCUUUCCGCCGUGGUGGCUGGGCGUAGUAUCUCACCAUGGCUGGCUAGAAGGACAAGUCCAGCCAACUCUUCGGGAGACUCUGCUAUUGCUAGCUGUCAUGAAGGUGGCAGCAGUUAUGGCAAGGAGGAUGCCGAACAGAAAGUGGACAGUCAGGAUGAGGUGUCUUCUGUAUGGCCAGGAGAUGUGUGCUAUGGACCAAUGCGGAUCAAGGAGGAGCAGGUCUCCCCAUCUCAUUUUAUAGGAGCCAACAAAGGAGAUCCAGGAAACAUAUAUAUAGACCAAGGGGAUGGCUGGCAGCACUCGGGUCGCAGGAAGAACCGCAAGAAUAAAGAGACUGUUAGACACAUUACACAGCAAAUGGUGGAGAACUGCAGAACUGGGUCCCCAGAGCCGUCCUUCAUCUCCAGCUCGCAGUGGCAGUACAGCAACCAGGACAAUUCCAGUGAUGACGUGACCGUGAUAGAGCCAGGCAGCUCCGACAGUCGGGAGGAACGUAUAGACCUGUACUCACAAGGUGAAGAGUCCUUACAAGGCGGGGAGCCCAAUUACUUACCUCACACACUGAGUCUGGAGAAAGAUGACAAUCGCCAACAGGUCAACAACGUAUCCAACCUGCGCAGCGCCCUCCUGAGUAAAAACAGCCUGCUGUCCCUCAAGGCUGACGUACUGGGAGAGGAGAGUUCUUUGCUCUUUGAAUACCUGCCCAAAGGUACCCACUCGCUCUCUCUCAAUGAAUUCACGGUUAUCCGAAAGAAGUUCAAGUGUCCGUACUGCAGCUUCUCCGCCAUGCACCAGUGUAUCCUGAAGAGGCACAUGCGGUCGCACACUGGGGAGCGGCCAUAUCCCUGCGAGAUCUGCGGCAAGAAGUUUACAAGGAGGGAACACAUGAAGCGCCACACAUUGGUCCACAGUAAAGACAAGAAAUACGUAUGUAAGGUGUGCAACCGGGUCUUCAUGUCUGCAGCCAGUGUGGGCAUCAAGCAUGGCUCUCGAAGACACGGAGUGUGCAUGGACUGUGCAGGCCGUGGGAUGGCCCGGGGGAGCCACUCCCCAGACGCCAUGUACGCAGGAGAAGGCCACUAUCUGGAAGAUGUGGACGAACUGAAGGUGGAUGAAGACAUGGGUGGGGAAGAAGAGGAAGAUAUCAAGUGGAAAGAUGAGGCGGAGACCUCACAAGAUGAUGUCAUACUAGAGGAUGAUGAGAUUGAGGACUGCACGCCAGAUGUCAGCCGGGGACCAAUUAAGGAAUUUACUUGGAUAGCAUAGGUUUUAGAGUGGGCAAGAGACAGGAGCCCCUAGGAAAUAUUUUAUGGGGGGUGUGAAUGGAGUAAGUUUAGUCUCAUGGGGGAAGGGGGAUGAUGGAACCCACUCCCCUUUACACCAAUGUGAUAUCACUGGAGAGGGGCUGGUCAUGUGCUCUUUAUGGGUCCGUGUGUCCUAUGAAGACAGUAUCUAGGCGUACUUUUUAUUUUUUUGGGGCAGGAAACUGUUAAAGUAGAAGCCCUGCCGUCCUCAGUGGAAUACAGGAAAGGUGAUUAACUCGCCCUUCCCCUCAUGUUGUCCACAAUGUACAAAGUCUCAUCUCCUCCGUUCCAUGACAUGGGCCUCCAGUGGUGGCAGAGGGAGCAGCAGGAGACAUUCCCAGCAAGAGGACAUUUUUUUUUUUAUUAAUUUCACCCCUGCAUCCCAAAUACUACCCCCACUCCACCCGGCAUCACCUUCUCUGCAUGCACCCGGCUCCCGCUGGUGGUUAUAAAAGUACACAUAUUUUAUUUUUUCUCCCCCAAAACUGAGGUUUUUAAGAUUUUGUAAUUGCUGAACACAAUCAGUUGUAUGAGGUGCCCCCCCCCAUCCCAAUACCUAAGACAGGAUGCCACCACCCAUUAGCACUUUGGCUCACAUUCUGGAUUAACAGGCGCUUCAUUUGGACUUGUCAAGAAGAAGAUAUUGUGUGUGUCAGAGCCAUGGCCCUGCCUGUAUCAUCCCCAUAUAUCCCAUUCAUAGUAUGGAUGUGCAGCUCUGUUCUUCUACCCCCUUACCAAGGAUCCAGUGUGCAGCAGACGAGGGCAGGGCGUUCAGCCUGGUAGAAUGAGCUCCCUGUGGGUACAGCACAUGUCAUAAUAACACAGGAAAGGAACCAAAAAUCACUGCCCUGGGGAGUUGGCUCUCGCAGCCCUUCCCCCAUAAUUACAUAAUAAUUAUAUUACCAACGCCAUGUUAGCUGCAGCUGGCUGACCACGUGCUGAAGAUUUAAGGAAGAUCAAAUGGGGGCUAAGAGAGGGGGAGGGGCGCCCAAGAUGGCCACAGCCUCUGUAUCUGCUGUUCUGAGUCUAUUUAUAACCAUUUCCCCUUUGCAUAUUUUUUUUCUGUAGCCAGUAAAACCCCCCACCCCCAUCCUGUGCUCCCCCAGACAGCAAGGGGGAGGAAGGAUGUAAGUCUGCUAAUGAGAGGUUCCUGAAAA